AAGAAGGAGCGGGAAGUUUAGUUAGUUUAGUUUUGUGAGCUUUGACGGCGACCAAAAAUAUUGAGGUUUGAAAUACAUUUACUUCGUUCAGCACCAUGCAGAGGAUCUCCCGUUUGAAACGUGAGCUUCGGAUGCUGAGCACUGAGCCUCCUCCUGGGAUAACAUGCUGGCAGAGUGAAGAUCGAACAGAUGAGCUCAUUGCACAGAUAGUAGGAGCUGCUGGAACUCCUUAUGAAGGAGGAAUCUUCUCCUUGGAGAUCAAGGUCCCAGAGAGAUAUCCAUUUGAGCCUCCCACAGUACGAUUUGUGACCCCUAUCUACCAUCCAAACAUCGAUAACUCUGGACGGAUCUGCCACGAUGCCCUUAAGCUCCCACCGAAGGGUGCAUGGAAGCCCUCGUUAAACAUUUCAACAGUCCUCACGUCCAUUCAGCUGCUUAUGGCUGAGCCUAACCCUGAUGAUCCACUCAUGGCUGAUAUAUCGGCGGAGUUCAAAUACAGCAAGCAGCUGUUCAUGGACAAAGCCAGAAAAUGGACAGAGGAAUAUGCUGUUCAGAAGAAUAUAGGACCAGCAGAAAGCAACAAAGAAAAUGCUUCAAAUCCAAAAGCAUCAUCCAGAAAAAGAGACGCUCCCAGUGCACAGCAGGAUGCAGCGGAGGUGAAGAAAACCUGUGUGUAGUUUCCUCCUCACCUCGUGUGCUACAUUCAUGUUGACAGCAGACGAUAAACCAGAUGUUCUACUGCUUUUUAUAAGAACACUAAGGAAAAUUCUGUGCUCUGCUAACUGUGAGAGUGGCACACUGUCAUGUACGUGCCAUUGAAAGUUCAAAAUUUUCCUCUUUUUCUGCUUGCCACAGCUGCAGGGAUAAACUGGAUGUUGAUUUGUCUUCAACAGUGGUUAAAGAUUAAACAGUGAGAGUAAUUUCUUAGUGCAGCGACACUGUGUUAUGGCAGAUAAACAGGAAUGACUUGCAAGACACAGUAUUACAGUACAGACAGAAAUUAAACUGAAACAUCAUUUCUCUAAUGAACUGUGUCCGAACUUUGUUUUAAUGUAACAUGUUUUUUUUUUAUGUGGCAUAAAUUUGGCCGAUCACUUAAUUAAGACUGCAAAGCUGUUCUGUCUGUAGUUUGUGGUGUGCCACUGCAAGUGACAGUAAUUUGGCUGUAAAAACCGCUACUGUCAACAUGUGAAUGCAGCAUUAGUAAAAUAGAUUUCUUCUCUUUGCAUGAAUUGUCUGCUUGGAAUGAGUAUGUUAAAUUUCACAGUAAGUCACUUUAAUUUAAACAUUCAUUCUCCUUAUGUAAGAUGUCUUUAUGGUUAUAUGCAUGUUUAUGGUUGUUUAUUAAAUUUUAAAAAUAAACUUUUAAAAAGCCUUACAUUGCAUGAAGUAGUUUGUAUACUUGUAUUGUGGGAGUGUUUCAGACUUACACAAGUAACAAAUGCCAAUGUAUAGAAUUUAAAGAUAUUAAAUUUAUUAAAACAUAUGCUUGACAAUUGUAUACAAAGUAUGUACAUCCUAAAUAAUAAAACAGUUUUUACAAA